AUGUCUCUCACCGCACGUGAACGCCGCAAUCCGCCAACUCGGCGGAAAUCCUGCGCCGCCUGUACAAAGGCCAAGCGGCGUUGUGACUUUGCCAUGCCAGCAUGUCUUCGAUGUUCACAACGACGCAUCCACUGCCAGUACCCGAGCCGAGCGAUGAGAGAGCAGUUUUCUUCUUCAUCAGAAGCAUCAGUGGCCGUAUCUCCUGACUAUCUUACCACUGAUGACUCGUCUUCUCAAAUGGCAGAGAGUCUUCCAAGCAAUACACCAAUAAUCGAAGAUUUCAAUGCAGUCAUUUCGGGAAUUGAUGCAUGCUCUGGAGAUCUUGGGGUAUUGGAAUUUCCAUUGGAUGACAAUACCUUGAAAUUUGUUGAACAGCCAUGGACAUUGACUGCGCCUUCAACACAAGACUUUUCGCAUGUUCCACAGCGCAUUUUGAACCGUCUCCAAUGGGCGACAGAUGAAAUAAAGCGAGCUCCCGAGAAGAUGGUGCUUGAGAACCAAACUCCUUGGUCCCAUCCAUUGCUUUACAAAGAUGGAAUGCCUCGAUCGCUACAGGGUAAUAAACCAAAGCACCUGUGUACAUUGUCUGCUCCCACUGAUUCCAGUAUAGAUGCUCAUUCUUCUUGUGCUUUAUAUAUGGCCAAGAAUCGUGUGAACUCUCCGAUCAUAUUUCGUAGUAUAGAAUCCCGCGUCAACGACCUCCUCACAGCACCGGCGCCAAUAACGCCCUUGGAAUGUCUGGCGCAUACGCAUGCUCUUAUCCUCUACCAAAUUCUUCGAUUAUACGAUGGCGACAUCGGGGCUCGCGCAUCAGCAGAACGUAUCAUCCCAGCUAUAGAAGCUUCUGCAGUAUCACUCUUCUCUUAUGCGCAGUUCGACAUAGACGCAACAGUUAUAGCGCUCCCUACAUAUCCAAUAUCGCCAACAAAGACAUUUUGGCAAGACUGGAUUCUGCAGGAGUCUCUGCGCCGCACACUGCUAUUUUCUUUCUUUUUCGUCCAGGCAUAUCGCAUAAUGUCUGGCUGCAAAAUAAUGCAAUGUGAUGGCAGGCUUGGUUUGUGCCAUGCCUGGACGUUGUCGGCGCAUUUGUGGAAUGCGACGACGCCGUUGAGUUUUGCUGAAGCUUGGAGGGACAAGAACCAUUAUGUAGUAACGAACGCCAUCUUUUCAGAAGUGCUUGCCGAGGCCCAAGCGGAUGAUAUUGAUGUAUUCGGUAAGAUUAUGAUCUCAAGUCUCAUGGGGCGAGAUGAGGCCGAAGGAUGGUUUGCGAGCAGAGGAGGAAAGUUGUAG